AUUCCUUUCUCGGACAUUACUCGUGUUUUAUCGUCAAAAUUUAUCACUUUGAUUAUCGUCGCUUGUCGCGCGAACCGCAUGUUUGCUCUCGCAAAUCUCAAAUCAGAUUUUGGAAAAUGAGUCAUCGGGGCCCUAUUUAUAGAGGCGCACCAAAUCGAAACCGCUCAGUCUCAAAAAUGUUUCUUCUUCUAUCAGUUGACAGCGAUAUUCUCGAGCUUACCACCGAACAGUUACAGAUUAUCCCCAAGAUUGUUUUACUGCGAGACUUUGGUAGCUACGUGGAACAAUUGUGGGACAAGCUUCCCGAACAUAUAAAAGCUGACUCAGAGGUUCAACAGUAUCGUCGAUGCACACGACAUUAUAAUUUGCCGUGGCAACAAACACAUUUCGACGGUCCAACACCGUUAAUAAAAGACUGCGGCAAAUGCCAGCAAAAAUUAUAAGAGGUGGUGGUUUGUUAAAUCGUGCGAUAAACGCACUUCCUAUCGAAUUACAUAUUCCAGGCUAUCAGUUUUGCGGACCGGGAACUCAUUUAGAAACGCGAUUGGCUAGAGGCGAUCGAGGUAUCAAUCCAUUGGACGCCGCGUAUCGCGAGCACGACAUAGCUUAUUCCCGAAGCAACGAUCUCGGUCAACGACACGUUGCAGAUAAUAUACUCGCCACGAAGGCGCGAACACGUAUUACCGCGAGAGAUUCGACUAUUGGUGAGAAAGCAGCCGCUACAGCUGUUUGGGCGGCUAUGAAAGCAAAGACAAAAUUCGGUAUGGGGAUGAAAACAAAAAAAUCAUCGAUGAAGAAAAAGACUGCGAAAAAACGAAUACUUCCUAUAGCGAAGCGCGGUGGUAUCUUACCCAUUUUACCAUUAUUGGGAGUUCUCGGUUCAUUGGCUGGCGGAGCAGCGGGAAACGCAGAAGCAGUGAACGAUAGCAAGGCGGCGCAACGUCAGCUCGAAGAAAUGCAGCGUCAUAAUCGCGCCAUGGAAGGUCACGGUCUUUAUCUCGCUCCAUACAAGCGCGGACAAGGGUUCUCAGCAGCGGCCAAGAAAAAGAAACGUCAAAAUAAAAAUGCCUGCCGGUGUAACAACUAA